GUGGUAUAUAACCCCCAGUGGUUCCUGACGAAGAAGCACACUCGACAGAGCCUCCCACCACAACACCCGCUAGGGGCUCUAGAGACAUACGCACUAUGUCGACCAAGGUAGUCGUCGUAGCCAUCGUAGUGAUUUUAGCCAACAAGUCUUACGGCGACGUCACUAACACUGCUGAAACAUGUGGCUGUAAAAGUAACUCCAGAGUACACAACUAUGGUCAUGGUAUGAAAAUCAGUAGCUCUGGAGGAUAUGGAGCCCAAAGUUCAGGUGGCAACGGAGGACAGAGUGCUGGCUACGGAGAACAGGGUGCUGGAUACGGAGGACAGAGUGCUGGCUACGGAGAACAGGGUGCUGGCUAUGGAGGACAGAGUGCUGGCUACGGAGGACAGAGUAAUGGCUACGGAGGACAGAGUUCUGGCUAUGGAGAACAGGGUGCUGGAUACGGAGGACAGAGUGCUGGCUAUGGAGCACACAGCAUGGGAAAAGGAGGUUGCAGUAUUGGCCACGGCGGACAGAGUUCUGGCCAUGGAGGUCAGAGUACUGGCCAUGGAGGACAGAGUAAUGGCUACGGAGGACAGAGUUCUGGCUAUGGAGGAAAAAGCACCGGAAAAGGAGGUUGCAGCACUGGCCACGGCGGACAGAGCUCUGGCCACGGCGGACAGAGUUAUGGUCAUGGAGGAAAAAGCAACGGAAAAGGAGGUUGCAGCAUUGGACACGGUGGGCAGAGUUCUGGCCAUGGAGGUCAGAGUACUGGCCACGGAGGACAGAGUACUGGCCAUGGAGGACUGAGUACUGGCUAUGGAGGACAGAGUACUGGCCACGGCGGACAAAGCUCUGGCCACGGCGGACAGAGUUCUGGUCAUGGAGGUAAGAGUACUGGCCAUGGAGGACAGAGUAAGGGCUACGGAGGACAGAGUUCUGGCUAUGGAGGAAAAAGCACCGGAAAAGGAGGUUGCAGCAUUGGACAUGGCGGACAGAGUUCUGGCCAUGGAGGUCAGAGUACUGGCCACGGCGGACAGAGCUCUGGCCACGGCGGUCAGAGUUCUGGUCAUGGAGGUCAGAGUACUGGCCUUGGAGGACAGAGUACUGGUUAUGGAGGACAGAGUUCUGGCUAUGGAGGAAAAAGCAUCGGAAAAGGAGGUUCCAGCAUAGGCCACGGCGGACAGAGCUCUGGCCAUGGUGGUAAGAGUACUGGACACGGAGGACAGAGUACGGGCUAUGGAGGAAAGAGUACUGGCCAUGGAGGACAGAGUACUGGCCACGGUGGACAGAGUUCUGGUCAAGGAGGUCAAAGUACUGGCCAUGGAGGACAGAGUACUGGCUACGGAGGACAGAGUACUGGCUAUGGAGGAAAAAGCAUCGGUAAAGGAGGUUCCAGCAUUGGCCACGGUGGACAGAGUUCUGGCCAUGGAGGUCAGAGUACUGGUCACGGAGGACAGAGUACUGGCUACGGAGGACAGAGUACUGGCCAGGGCGGACAGAGUUCUGGUCAUGGAGGUCAGAGUACUGGCCAUGGAGGACAGAGUACCGGCUACGGAGGACAGAGUACUGGCUAUGGAGGAAAAAGCAUCGGAAAAGGAGGUUCCAGCAUUGGCCAUGGUGGACAGAGUUCUGGCCAUGGAGGUCAGAGUACUGGUCACGGAGGACAGAGUACUGGCUACGGAGGACAGAGUACUGGCCAGGGCGGACAGAGUUCUGGUCAUGGAGGUCAGAGUACUGGCCAUGGAGGACAGAGUACCGGCUACGGAGGACAGAGUACUGGCUAUGGAGGAAAAAGCAUCGGAAAAGGAGGUUCCAGCAUUGGCCAUGGUGGACAGAGUUCUGGCCAUGGAGGUCAGAGUACUGGUCACGGAGGACAGAGUACUGGCUAUGGAGGAAAGAGUACCGGCCAUGGAGGACUUAGUACUGGCUACGGAGGACAGAGUACUGGCUAUGGAGGACAAAGCAUCGGAAAAGGUGGUUCCAGCAUUGGCCACGGUGGACAGAGUUCUGGCCAUGGAGGGCAGAGUACUGGCCAUGGAGGGCAGAGUAUUGGCCACGGAGGGCAGAGUAUUGGCCUUGGAGGACAGAGUACUGGCUACGGAGGACAUAGUAUUGGCUACGGAGGACAUAGUAUUGGCCUUGCAGGACAGAGUACUGGCUAUGGAGGACAAAGCAUUGGAAUAGGAGGUUGCAGCAUUUCCCACGCAGGAAAAAGCAUUGCUCACGUAGGAAAAAGUUAUGAAAUAGCAGGUCACAGCUUUCCUUACGGAGAACAAAUAAUAGGUCAUGGUGGCCUCAGUUAUGGCGUUGGAGGAAACAUUUUUGCUCUUGGAAGUCACAAUUAUAACAGCCAUGGUUUCGCCCUAACAGGCACCAGCAAAGGCUCCCAUGGCCAUCAUUUUGACGACGACGACCACGAUGAUGAUGACGACGACGAUGAUGACGACGACGACGAUGAUGACGACGAUGAUGAUGAUGACGAUGACGACGAUGAUGACGACGACGAUGAUGAUGAUGACGAUGAUGACGACGACGACGAUGAUGAUGAUGAUGGGGACGACGAUGACGAUCAUGACACUGAUGAAGAUAAGGACUAGUGAAAAAUGAAUCCAAAUAAUAUAAUUUUUAAUUUUGUACACUUACAGUUCCCGGAAGACUGGACUUGUAUUGCUUUGAAAUAGAUUUUUUAUGUUUGUUCUCUAUAUAUAAACAUGUUUUUUAAAGACAUAGAGACUGUUGCAUACAAACUCAUGAAUAUGUCAUACAUCCUUCAUUUGAAUUGCUUGCAGUUGCUACGAAUAAGCGAAAUUAGACUGAGAAUUAGUUGAAACAGCUCAAUUUCGAAUAACUAGACUUUUACAGUUGGUUCUGUAAUUAAAUGUAUUUUUUCAUUGGUUUAACACUAAUUCUUCAGUGAGUUCCUUACUAAGUUUCACAGUGAAGUACAUUACUUUACUAGCUAGUAAGCUCUUGUUAGCAAAUUUUCAGUUACAUUUUACAGAUUCAAAUUAAAAAUUUAGAUUUAGAAUGUACUAUCUGAUAAUUGUGCAUGCCCAACAGUUAUUUUAAUACUUUAUGUAAGUUUCAGUACUGAUUUACAUUUAUUAAUUUAUUUACGACAAGAACCCUUAAAUUUUUUAAAACUUAUUUUUAUUUUUGGGUGUCUAAAUACGUUUGUUGAUGAUUUAAUUAUAUUGUUAGUUGGCAUGAUAUUACAUAAUGUUUAAACUACCACAGUUUCAUUCAUAUUAUGAACGUGGAUAAAUUAAUGUCAAGUAAAAAGAGUCAAGCCAAUGUGUUUAUCUAUUAUUUAUGUACUAGAAUUAAAUAAUUUUAAGAACCAACAAAAGUAGUAGUCAUUAUGUUUUAUUGAAUUACUGUUUAUGAAUCAUACAUUACAUGUAAUUCUUACCUUAAAAUUAUACUUGUAUCCGAUGUAACACCAAUACUAAUCACAUCUAUUCAUCAUAUUGUUAGUAUGUUAACCAAGAAGUAAUUUUUUUCCAGCUUAAGUAUUUGACGACAUAAAUACCAUAUAACUAAUUUUAUCCUUGUUAUCUAAAUUAUUUAACCCUAACUUUUAGUUAUUGCUGAUCUUCAGUUUAUUUUAGAAACAAUUUAAAUAGCUUAUUACGGUGUCUCUUAAAUAUUUAUGUUGGGAAAAGUUUUGGCAAGUGUUCCUGCUGGUAUAAAUAAUAUUUCUAACUAUGUCCAACCUAAUUAAUCUCUUAUGUGAAAACUAUUUAAAUGAUGAAAUGUCUGUAUUUCUGGCAUGUGAAUUAAAUAAUUAACACUGAAAAGUAAUAUAAAAUUAGACGUAUUAAUAACUAGUCUAAAAAGUUACAGUUAUUUAGUUGUUUCUAAAUUUUAAAAUCACGGUGUUAGCAAAUACCUUUGUAUUAUUUUGUUAAAAAGAUGUAUUAUUUUAAUAGAAUAAUGAGAGUUCUACUGUGAUAAUCUAUAUACCUUUUCUCUAUAAGUGUUUUUUUCUACUUUUGUAAGACAAACUACAAUAAAUUUAAUGUUUGUAA